AUGCGCUUCCUUAGCGACACCCUCGUAGUCGACCGGACCGACCAGGUCUCUAUGCAAGUUCUCGCCGCAGGUCUCCCUCGUUGCGCAACAAGCUCGAUGCAAGCCGCACUUGAGUCGCAACACAUCGGCCUAAGUCCCUGUAUGCACUUUGCACACAUCGCACCGAACGCCGAUCGCGGUGAUAUCCUCCUAGAUGCACUGCGGGAGAAUGACACAGCACGACGUCACAAGCUACUCCAUAAACUGUUUGAUGGUUUCCAGGCAACCACCGAUUUCCCUGGCGCUAUGCUCAUGGAUGAUCUUAUGGACAUGUACCCGGACGCCAAGAUCGUGCUGAACAAGCGGCCUGGGGGCGGCCGCCAGUGGGAGCAGUCGAUUAAGGUGCUCUCCUGGGGAGGCUCACCAGUGUUUUACACUCUCUGUUACUUAUGGAAGACCGACCGCAAUUUGUAUACCAUGUGGCGCUGUAUUACGGAGCGCUGUCAGAGAACGUUGGGUAUAGCUGCGGACGAGGUUUGGACGGCAAAGCAUUAUGGUGCGCAUAAUGCGUGGAUUCACGCCGAGGCAGCUAAACGCGGAAGGGAGGUCUUUGAGUUCGAGCCUCGAGAUGGAUGGGAGUCUUUGUGUACGUUUAUUGGUAAGGAGGCACCAAAAGAUGAGCCGUUCCCUCACCGCAACGAUGCUUCUGAGGUUCGAAUGAUCGCGCGGAUUCUGUAUGCUCGGGGUGUAAUCUCCUGGCUUGCGCUAGGUGGGGUGGUGUUUGGCACAGUGAGAUGGCUUGUGAAGGGACAUUUGUUCUAG